AUGCAAAAUCCACCGACCUCAGCUUCAUCUUCGAUCGGGAAAAGACACUACUCUCUUCCUGACAACUUCCCGGAAAGAGCCAUCCUCGCCGCCGUAAAAGGCCAAUCAUGUCCGAUAUGCCUGGAAAACCUCCUAACCCACCGUCGACGCGCCGCCGUGAUCUCGUCGUGCAACCACGGAUACUGCCUCCCUUGCAUCCGUAAAUGGAGCCAAGUCAAGCGAAGCUGCCCUCUCUGCAACGCUGAUUUCGACUCCUUGCUCAUCCUUAACGCUUCUUCUAGAAGAUUCCGCAAGCUCCACUUACCCCUUCUCCCUGAACACCACACUUCAACUUAUAACCAACCUUCCCUUCCCCGCCCCCGCAGGGUAAAUUCAAGCUCUUCUAGCUGGAGAAGGUCAAGGGCGUUACCGUGGAGGAGAUCUUUUGGGCGGCGAGGUUGUGUUCCUGAUCAUGUCAUCUUCGAGAGGAAGCUUCUGUGGCGAGCUAGGUUGGUGUUUGAUGUUGUUACCGUUAGUCAGGUGAAUGAACACACUAAAGUGAGGAUAAUUGAAAGAAUUGAACCAUGGAUGAGAAGAGAGUUUCAGGCAGUGCUUGGAGAUCCUGAUCCUUCAAUCAUUCUUCAUUUUGCAUCUGCUCUUUUCAUUAAAAGGCUUGAGAGAGAGAAUACUCCACAAUCAGGGCACGGAGGAGGAGGAGGGAUAGUAGUGGAAGAAGACCAAGUCUCCUCCUCUCUUGGUAUAUUCUUGGGUGAUGAGGAGGAUAUCUUUUGGCAUGAACUUAGAUGUUUCGCGGAGAGUAGCCUCACGAUGGAAACAUACGAUGCAGUAGUUGAAUACAACGAGGUGGAGUAA